CGUAGAUCUACGGACGCAGAAUUUUUGGCCGCGCACCGACACCUCGCACUGCGUAGAUCUACCGGUCGGUACAUUUUUCUGAGUAGAUCUGGCCUGCCUGCUACUAGUGCUAGCGCUAUAGCGUGCAUCUGACUGUAGUGUAGUGCGUACUGAGUAGAUCAUCAUCAUGCAUGGUAGAUCUACACUCCACAAAACAAAAAGUGCAAGUAGAUCGAGUAAUCAAUCAAAACCGGCAACGGCUUUUUGUCGUCGACGUCGCUCUGGAGAACUGCAGUUUAGGUUGAUUUCAAGUGACAGUUGGUUGUCGUUUUUCUCUCGUUUAUAUCUUCAGUACUUUGCCUUGCUCUAGUAUUUCAUCAUGCCGUUUGGGGGUGGAGCGAAAUGUGGCCUUUGCGCCAAGACUGUGUACAUGAAUGAGGAGGUGAAAUUCAACUCCCAAAGCUGGCACAAGCUCUGCUUCAAAUGCGCGGGUUGUAGCAAACUUCUCGAAAUGGGUGCAGCCGUCGAUCAUGGCCAGAAAAUUUAUUGCAAGCAGUGUCACUCCAAGAGCUAUGGAACGGCAGGGUACGGCCAUGGUGUAGGGGCUGGAGUUCUCAGCACAGACAAUGGCCGUGGUCCAACAAGCACUGCACCUCAGAGGCCUGCCGCGAGUCCCGCGACUGCUGCUGCCAAAUCGUCGUACGGUGCAUACCGUACCCAGAAUGCCAUGCGGUCGCAGGAUAGUGUGGGAGCCAUGGUUGGCAGCGGCGGUAACAAAUGCCCACGCUGUGGCAAGGCGGUGUACCAUGCUGAGAAGCUCGUGGCCCUGAGCAGAGAUUGGCACAAGCUCUGCUUCAAGUGUGCUGACUGCAAGAAAUCUCUGGAGCCUGGAAACUUUGGUGAUAAUGAAGGAGAGAUCUACUGUAGAGGUUGCUACGGCCGCAAGUUUGGCCCGAAGGGUGUUGGCUAUGGAGUCGGUGCUGGUGUUCUCUCAUCCUGAAUGCUCGUUGUCUUUGGUUGUGUUGACGGCGCAAUCAGUUUUAUUUUUUAAAUCCGUAGAUAACGUCACAGAAUAUGAUUAUCCUCAGUAGACCUAUCAUAGUAAAUGACUCACUAUCACGCCAGCAUAUUUUAAGUGCAGACUUUUGUAUGCCUUCUAGUCCGCCCUGCUUCAUGUCCUGUUUUAUCUGUAUCUCUGGAACAGAACAAUGGCACGCCGUUUAGCUGUGUAUGCCAAUAUGAAAAUCUGAACUUGCCAGCGUA